AUGGCAUUCCUUACCAUCCUUUUCUUUCUUCCUAUCUUCCUCUUUUUUCUUAUCCAAAGACGCAAAACCCACAAAAAUAUUCGUUUGCCACCUGGCCCUCGGGGUCUUCCCAUAAUCGGUAAUUUACACCAGUUUGAUGGUUCAAAACCUCAAAACGUGUGGAAGCUCUCUCAAAAGUAUGGCCCCCUUAUGUCUUUGCGUCUUGGUUUUUUGCCAGUCUUAAUAGUUUCCUCUGCAAAAAUGGCUAAGGAGGUCAUGAAGACUCAUGAUCUUGAAUUUUGUAGUAGGCCUGCCUUACUUACUUUCAAGAAGUUAUCAUACAAUUGCUCUGAUUUGGCUUUUUCUCCAUAUAAUGAUUAUUGGAGAGAGAUGAGGAAAAUAUGUGUCGUUCAUCUCUUCAAUUCUAAUAGAGUUAAGAAUUUUCGUCCCAUCAGAGAAGAUGAAGUUUCCCGGAUGAUUGAAAAGAUAUCAAAAUUGGGUUUUGGAAAGAGGUAUGAAGAUGAAGGAACUGAAAGAAGUAGAUUUCAUGCUCUACUUAAUGAAGCUCAGGCCUUGGUUGCUAGCAUCUGUUUUUCAGAUUGUUUUCCCUUCAUGGGCUGGCUUGACAAACUUACAGGCAUGAUAGGUCGACUCGAAAACAACUUUAAGGAAUUCGACAGAUUUUAUCAGGAACUCAUCGAGGAACAUUUAGAUCCCAAGGAACCUAAAAAUGAUCAGGAAGAUAUAAUUGAUGUUUUACUUCAAAUACGAAAAGAACGAGGAUUUAAAAUAGAUGUUAAUUGGGAUCAAAUGAAAGCAGUGCUUACGGAUGUAUUUAUCGCUGGCACUGACACAAGUGCAGCUACUGUGGUUUGGGCCAUGACCUUGCUAAUGAAGAAUCCAAGAGCAAUGGAGAAAGGUCAAGAAGAAAUUAGAUCUUCAAUCGGAAAUAAAGGUUUUGUAGAUGAAGAUGAUAUUCAAGAACUGCCGUAUCUUAAAGCCAUAGUGAAAGAGACAUUGAGACUGCAACCCGUGGCACCAUUUCUAAUUCCAAGAGAAACAAUGGAAAACUCCAUCAUAGAGGGGUAUGAAAUACCACCUAAAACACUCGUUUUUGUGAAUGCAUGGGCAAUAGGAAGGGAUCCUGAAGCCUGGGGGAACCCAGAUGAAUUUGACCCUGAGAGAUUCAUUGGUAGUUCUGUUGACUUUAAAGGUCAACACUUUGAGUUUAUACCAUUCGGUGCUGGGCGAAGAAUUUGCCCAGGAUUAUAUAUGGGACUUGCAACGGUGGAGCUUGCCCUUGCUAAUCUUCUUUACAAAUUUGAUUGGGAAAUGCCCUCUGGGAUGAAGAAGGAAGACUUAGAUUUUGAUGCUCUUCAAGGUCUUACUAGGCACAAGAAAAAUGCUUUGUGUCUUAUGGCUAGACAUAUAAAUAACAGGGCAAAUUCAGCACUUUGA